AUGCCCCCUAGCAUGCAGAGCGAAUCUCAGCCACUCCCACUGUCCGCUCUCUUUCGUAAUUCUCAAACAGCCCAUCGACGUCCCAAACCUGCACCACAGGCCGAUCCUGCUAACACACAAUCAGCAGCUGGUCCCACAGCAGUAUCCACCAGCAUCCAAGCCCCCAUCCCACGAUGCAAUCCGGUAGCCACUACAUCACCUCUUUGCAGGCUCACCACUGCCGGUCUGCUUCAGGAAAACACCCCAAGGCCCAAUACUCAGGUGGUCACUCUUCCCCAACCUUUCGUCAGACCAGAAACGUCCGUCACUGGCCUGCUAUCCCAUGGCUUCAACUCAAACGCGUUCCUUGGAACGCUUCCCAUGUCAUCGAGAAACACCGCCUUCGUUGGAUCCAACACAACAGGGCAUAAGAAAGCAUCCGUCAUUCUGGAGCAUCGUCAACAAGCCAUCAAGGAUGCAGAUCCUAGCGUUCAAACCGGAUACCCACUCCCCCAGUCUGACAUAUACCAUCUCGAGCAUGUCGAUGUCGCACCGUUUCGGGAGCACAUGCAAAAGCUUGAUCUUUGCAUCACCUUCUAUGCCAAUGCUAAUGACAAUUACAGGACGAUUCACGAUAAACUUCUCACGCAUAAUGCAACAGCUGGGAAGCCCCAGAUCCCUGGCCUCAAGACUGACGACCUGGCUAAUCUCAGCUUUCAAAACAUGGGCUGGUGUUUCCUACAGCUCAUGUCCCACAAAGGGGAUCUGUCUCUUCUCGUCGUCAACAAGAAAAUUAAUGAGGGUCAGGCCACAAUUGACCAUUUCAUCCACCACAGAAGCCUGGAGUCCAAGUUUCUGCCCAAAUGUGGCAAAAAUCAUUCAGCUGUGCUCGGUCAGUUUACCCUGGUGAUUGGAAAAUAUUUCCAGCUCCGACCCGAGGCCCCAUCUGCCACAAUCUCCGAAACAGGAACUUGUACAUGGGCAAUUUUGGACCGCAAGGAAUGCCUGAUGCGAGGCUUGCCACCCAAUCAUCUUGCCCCCAAGCUGACGAUUACGGCGGGAAUCCCUCGUUGUCCCCAACUUACCGAUGAUGCCACUUCACUGGCGGAAGAACCACAGCUGAACACAGUCCAACAAGCGGCCCACUUCUUCCAGCCAACUGCCCCCGCUGCCAUUGCCCCCCUUAUUACACCAGAGAAAUUUGGCCACAACCUCGUGAUGCAGAGCAGGCACAAAGGACUGAAUGUCGAAUCUCUCGCCGAUGCAGUGCUCGAACUCUAUAGAUUUUAUGCAACGAAUGCAUGGGACAAGGACAACAAGAUGUUUCUGCAGAAGAUAGAGGGCCCUCUAGCACCCCAAUUUCCUUCCUCCGACAUCCUUUGUGAAAAUUGGGAUGAGCUGGCAAAAUUUGGGAGCAUGAAGAUGAUCAUACUCCAGAGCUGGAGCCAUGGCGACGGUAUCAAUAAAAUGGUCCUCAGGGAGGCAUUGAAGAAGGCUCUUGAAAAUACCAAUCUAUACACUUCCUUGCCGAACAACUCCAAUUACUUCACAGCUACCUUUUGCAUGAGAGAUUGCACCGCGAUGGAAACUUUGUUGGAUCUUCUAACAGGACCCGUCAUCAAGGCAUUGGAUCCUGCUACCAAAGAUUUCAUGCAAUCUUGGCUCGGUCUCCAACACGCUACACCACACUACACAAUCACCCAUGAAAUAUCCUCUCCCCAGCCUUACGAUGUCGGUUUCAAGAAAUCUGACCCGGAAAAGUCACAACUCCAAAAUAGGUUGGUGCUGAAGCUCAUUCUAUUGUCCCAUCCGAUGGCAGACCAGAGCAAUGGAUUUAAUGCCAUGCGGGAGGGAUUUUCUUACAAUUUCGGUCAUGACAAAUACAUUGGAGGCCUGCCUUCGCUAUUCCGCCGAGAGCUACUCCAACCGGAGAAUCUCUUGUUGUAUCUUCACAGGAUGUAUGAUCGCAGCAUCCACUCAGCUCAGGACCUUCUAGACCUUAUCCAGUUUGACCAUGGAUGUGUCAGGACAGAUGCCUUUUGCUCAACACCAUGUGAUUGGGGUUAUGGGACACAGCCCAAUGGCGGGCAUCUCCCCCUUUAUGAAUGUGUCACCUGA